AUGCCUCACCGUCCAAUUGUGCUGUCAGGACCGUCAGGUGGUGGUAAAAGCACCAUUCUCGCGCGAGCGAUGAAGGACUACCCAAACAAAUUUGCGUUCAGCGUUUCACAUACUACUCGCAAGCCACGUGAAGGUGAGGAGCAUGGCGUGCACUAUUGGUUCACCGAUCACAUUGAGUUUGAGCGUAUGAUUGCUGAAGGCGAAUUUCUUGAGCACGCGACAUUCGGUGGCAAUAUCUACGGAACGAGUAAGAAAGCUGUCGAUGAUGUGGGACAAACUGGAAAGAUUUGCGUGCUUGACAUUGAACUACAAGGAGUACGGAAUAUUAAAAAGACGAAUUUGAAUGCACGUUAUAUUCUGAUUAGAGCACCUUCCUUAGAAAUUUUAGAAUCUCGUCUUCGCGCUCGCGGUACGGAAGGAGAAGAGGAUAUACAAAGGCGACUGAAACACGCUAAAGAAGACCUAGAAACUGUGGAGAGAGAUCCGGAAUUAUUUGAUCAUGUCAUCAUCAAUUCUGAUUUUGAGCGUGCUUACAAAGAAUUUAUCGCGGCCAUUCAAGAAGAUCUCAUGUCAGAUCCUGAGUAUUAUCGAGAUGAAGUUCCGAAGACGUUUUUCGUUAUUUCUCUUUCCAUCAAUCCUGAGAACUUUUAUAAGCCAGUUUUCAUGGUAGUUUCUGAAUUACGACCGAAGAUUCAUCCUAUGCUGUCACAGGUGUUCAAAGAUUCUGCUAAGAAGAUUAUGUUUCUCAAGAGUUCGUUUAGUACAGAAGUGGUUCAUUCUGCUUUUGCUUUCGGAGUAGACCUUGCUAAUUUCAGAAUGGCGACGAGCUUUUCACGUUUGCCUCCACUGCCUUCGCUCAGAGACUUCAUACAUAUGUAUCGUCUACGAGCGAAGAAGAUUUUAUCUCAAAAUUACCUCAUGGAUAUGAAUCUUACUAGGAAGCACCUCGCAGAAGCAAGCGAAGGUCGGCUUCAUGUUCAUUGUGGCGAUAUUUUGAAGACUAGUAUAGGUGAUUUAUGGAGCGACGGUGGCCAUCAGCGGAUUUCAGAGUGGUCUGAUGAGCCUCCAAACAUGAAUAUCGUUGAUGCAUGGCGUUUCGGACGGAUACCACUCACGCUGACUUUCCAGAUGGAGGUAGCAAAAAGAAUCUGCAGUCCGAUUGAUGACGAUGCACGGUCGAGAAUAUCAAUUAUGGCUCAGUACCUCACAGAACCAAAAAUUUUGUUCAGAAUUCCUGGAGCAUGCUUUGUUCCACAACCAGAUAUCGACGUGGGCGUUGUGCGAUUCAUGCCUCGUAUACAGCCGUUGAUUAGUGCUCCAUUUGAGGUUGUGGAGAAGCUCUGCCGGCAAGUUUUUCAUUAUCGUCAGAAGCAUAUGAUCAAAGGGCUGAAAACUUUGUAUCCGAAAGAGGUUAGUUCAUAA